AUGGCGGAUGAUGGUGGAGAAUUGUUGAUCUUCUCCUCCAACUAUGAAGAUAUAAUCGUCGAGAUACUUUCAUGGCUACCGGUUAUAUCUCUCCUCCGAUUCUGUUGUGUAUGCAAGUCAUGGCGUGCCUUAAUCUCCACUUCCGAUUUCAUCACCAAGCACCUAGGACGUACCAACUACAACGAUAACAAUAAGAAUAUCUUGAUCAUCUUUGAACGUCCCUUUCGACUUUCCCGUCACUUUUGUGAUCCCCCAUCUCGAUUUCCCCAAAUCGUAGACUACCUAUCACUGAAGAAGAAGAACGUUGUCUCCAGCGUCUCCGCCUCCGAGUCUGCAGCAGCAAUACGUAGAGACCUUGAAGAUGAAUUUCCAGAUGAUACUAGUCUCAAGGAUUCAACCCUUGUGGGUUCUUGCAAUGGCCUCAUCUGCCUACUACUUGAACCUCCACGUGAUGACUGGUCUCACUCGUACAGAAAACGGUAUGAAAACAAAAGACUUCUCUUGUGGAACCCUAGUACCAGAACAGCCCGUAAGCUACCAGACAUCGAUUUUUUGCCUUCGAGCCCAAGUUUUUAUGGAUUCGGCUAUGAUUCCACCACUCAAGACUACAAGGUCCUUUUGGGCGGUUUUGAUUAUCCCGCUGAAAGAAAAUUGGUUGCAAUCUUUGCACUUAAAACGGGUUCAUGGAAGAUUGUUAGUGAAAGCUACCUCCAGGUUUCCGACAUAAACAUGCGAGGGUGCUUCUUAAAUGGAGCUCUACAUUGGACUGAUAUGAACUCUACGAAUACUGGAACAACAAUCAGAAUUAAAUUUGUACCAAUUUGGUUUCGAUUGGAAUUUCUGGGCUCAUCUAAUCCAACAUUUCCAGAAAAGCUAGGGUUUUCUGAACCUGAUACUCGGUGACCUUUAGAGCAGCUUCAUUCUCUCUUCUUCUCCGACCAUGGUUGCUGAUCCACAGGGCAUCAAGAUCAUUUGAUGAGUAUGAAGGGUAGAAGUUGCUUAGAACCAGUUCAAGCUCUAAUCAUUUAGCAAUCAAAUAUCCUCAGUCAUAGGUACAAUGUAACCUUCUUUCUUGAAGAUGAGACCGAUAAUGAGGCAACUACAAUGUCUCACAAAAAAGAAAAAAAAAAUCAUAAGACCUCUUUUUAUCAGUGGCAAAAAAAGGUUGCACCCUACUAAAUAAUAUCUUUUCCUAUAUUUAAUCUUUAGUAACAGUCUUUUAUACCUUGGAAACAUAAUUUUUCAUA